UAUAUAUGUAUGUAUGAGUAUCUUUGUGUGCGCUCUUUGAAUAUAUAUCUACUGUCCUACCUUCCCUUCCCUACCCUACCAGAACCAGAAGAAGUACCUCGUUCCUCCUUCCUACUACCUCCUUCACUCGUCUACUCCUCGCUGUUUCAACAACAUCCAAUACUAAUUCCUACCUACCUACCUGAACCCAAUAUCACCUCCACAUUUCCAUACAAAAUGUCAGGAAACUCAUCCGUCGGAACCAGUGGCGUCUACGAAGCAGGCGACCAGAGAAAUCACAAAGACGCAGACAAGCCCGAGAAUCAAGCUGUGCCAUAUGAAGAAGGAAAACCCAAUAGUCAUCAAGCAAAUGAUUCUAAAGAUCAACGAUCCAUCGCCAACCGCCUUGCGGCCGCUGAUCCCACCAAUGAUGAUUCAUCGGGAAAAGUCAAGGAUGCGGAAACCAAAGCAGGAGAAAUCGAUCCGACUUUGCCGGCUCGUAUGCAUGGCAAUGAACCCUCGCGUGGUGCAAAGAUUGAUAAAAGUAUCGAGGAUGAAGAGGCAGAGUUGUUGAGGAGGAAAGAUGAGGCCAAGAAACAGAGUAAAGAGGCGGCGAAAUAAAUGGGAUAAAGACUGGGAGUGAAGUCUCGAGGGUUGUGGUUGUGGCAGUGGAUGUGGAUGCCUUCAUCUGCUGCUGCUGCUGCUGGGGAAUGGAGUGGCCGUAAAAACACGUGUCGUUCAUCAUUCUGAGAUGAUGUAUUGUGUUCAUGUGCGGCUUCAUUUUCUCAUUUCCUCAUCUCUUAUCUCGGGAAUGUGUGUAGAUGCGAAAUGCAUCCAUCCUCUUGUAGCAUCCACAAAACCACAGCCCUUCAAACAAGUCUUUAACGCCCGUGUUUUCCAUCGACCCG